AUGAAUCUCCUCAAGGUCCUUGCUGCUACCAUGGCACUCUUGGCUGGACAGGCCGUCGCCUCCGCUGAAGAUGUAACCAAUCCCUCCGAUAUUGAACCUCAGGUUUGCGUUGCCAUAAGGGUAUGCCAGGGCUUUAACUUCAAGGGGCCAUGCUACCAUGAAUGCCUCAAGCCAUCGACACCGCAUCAGAUUCGGGCCGGAUUCAAGAAGAAUGCUGGUUCGUUUGCGGUAGAUACCAAAGGCUUUUACUGUACUGUCGGAACUCCAAACACCAGCACCUGCUCGGGUAGAAAGCAUCCUGGCUUCAAGAGACUUCCUGAUUACUGUAUCAACAACAUAGAGGCCUACCAAUGUAACCCGGACUCGAACUGA